GUGAUGAUAAUAAUACGCGGGCUUAUAUAACCGCCUUCGUCUUGCGAGCACUUCGCAGACGGUCCCCGAUGAACCUUGGGGCCGGUGUCCGACCGCGGCGGCUUCACCGGCACUUAGCGAGCCCGGGGCCGAGGCCGGGAGGGCGGGCAGCGGGGAGCAGAGGCCGGGCCCGCCCGGCCCCGGCGCGGCGCGGAGGUCGGGCAGAUAAGGAACAUGGCUCUGCCCCUCGGCAGGAGGAAGGAAGUCCCGCUGCCACCUUAUCUCUGCUCCUCUGCCUUCUCCCCGUUCCCACAGCUUUUUCUCUAGAGAAGAUUUUGAAGGCGGCGUUUGUGCUGACGGCCACCCACCGUCAUCUACGGAAGGUCGAUCUGGCUAAUGAUAUGCAGGUUUUUCAAGGCAGAAUAAUUGCAGAAAAUCUUCAAAGGACUCCAUCUGCAGCUGUUCUGAAUACCUGUGAGCGUAGAAAUUGAUUAUUCAACCAGGAUACCUAAUUCAAGAACUCCAGAAAUCAGGAGACUGAGACGUCGUGUCCGUUUUGCAACAUUGGACCAAAGACAAUGAAGUAUUCUUGCACUGCGCUGGUUCUGGCUGUCCUGGGCACAGAAUUGCUGGGGAGCCUCUGUUCGACUGUCAGAUCCACAAGGUUCAGAGGACGGAUACAGCAGGAACGGAAAAACAUCCGACCCAACAUCAUUCUCAUGCUCACCGAUGACCAAGACGUGGAGCUGGGGUCCCUGCAAGUCAUGAACAAAACGAGAAAGAUUAUGGAACAUGGGGGGGCCACCUUCACCAAUGCCUUUGUGACUACCCCCAUGUGCUGCCCGUCGCGGUCAUCCAUGCUCACCGGGAAGUAUGUGCACAAUCACAACGUCUACACCAACAACGAGAACUGCUCUUCACCCUCGUGGCAGGCAAUGCAUGAGCCUCGAACUUUUGCUGUAUAUCUUAACAACACUGGCUACAGAACAGCCUUUUUUGGAAAAUACCUCAAUGAAUAUAACGGCAGCUACAUCCCUCCUGGGUGGCGAGAAUGGCUUGGAUUAAUCAAGAAUUCUCGUUUCUAUAAUUACACUGUUUGUCGCAAUGGCAUCAAAGAAAAGCAUGGAUUUGAUUAUGCAAAGGACUACUUCACAGACUUAAUCACUAACGAGAGCAUUAAUUACUUCAAAAUGUCUAAGAGAAUGUAUCCCCAUAGGCCCAUUAUGAUGGUGAUCAGCCACGCGGCGCCGCACGGCCCCGAGGACUCAGCCCCACAGUUUUCAAAACUGUACCCCAAUGCGUCCCAACACAUAACUCCUAGUUAUAACUAUGCACCAAAUAUGGAUAAACACUGGAUUAUGCAGUACACAGGACCAAUGCUGCCCAUCCACAUGGAAUUCACAAACAUUCUACAGCGCAAAAGGCUCCAGACUUUGAUGUCAGUGGAUGAUUCUGUGGAAAGGUUGUAUAAUAUGCUGGUGGAGACGGGAGAGCUGGAGAACACGUACAUCAUAUACACUGCCGACCACGGGUACCAUAUUGGGCAGUUUGGACUGGUCAAGGGGAAAUCCAUGCCGUAUGACUUUGAUAUCCGUGUGCCUUUCUUUAUUCGUGGUCCAAGUGUAGAACCCGGAUCGAUAGUGCCACAGAUCGUUCUCAACAUCGACUUGGCCCCCACGAUCCUGGAUAUCGCUGGGCUCGACACACCUCCUGAUGUGGAUGGCAAGUCUGUCCUCAAACUUCUGGACCUGGAAAAGCCAGGUAACAGAUUUCGAACAAACAAGAAGGCCAGAAUUUGGCGUGAUACAUUCCUAGUGGAAAGAGGCAAAUUUCUACGCAAGAAGGAAGAAUCCAGCAAGACUGGCCAACAGUCCAAUCACUUGCCCAAAUACGAGAGGGUCAAAGAACUGUGCCAGCAGGCCAGGUACCAGACAGCCUGUGAGCAGCCUGGGCAGAAGUGGCAGUGCAUUGAGGAUACAUCUGGCAAGCUUCGCAUUCACAAGUGUAAGGGACCCGGUGACCUGCUCACGGCCCGACAGAGCACGCGGAACGUCUACUCUCGCGGCUUCCAUGACAAGGACAAAGAGUGCAAUUGUAGGGAGUCCAGUUAUCGCGCCAGCAGAAGCCAGAGGAAGAGUCAAAGGCAGUUCCUGAGAAACCAGGGGGCUCCAAAGUACAAGCCCCGAUUUGUGCAUACCCGGCAGACACGUUCCUUGUCCGUGGAAUUUGAAGGCGAAAUAUAUGACAUAAAUCUGGAAGAAGAGGAGUUGCAAGUGUUGCAACCAAGGAACAUUGCCAAGCGUCAUGAUGAAGACCGCAAGGGGCCAGGAGAUGGCGACAGGGACGGGAUGCUGGCAGACAGCAGCAACGCCGUGGGCCCACCUGCUACCGUCCGAGUGACACACAAGUGCUUUAUUCUUCCCAACGACACCAUCCAUUGUGAGAGAGAACUGUAUCAGUCCGCCAAAGCCUGGAAAGACCACAAGGCGUAUAUCGAUAAAGAGAUUGAAGCUCUGCAAGAUAAAAUUAAGAACUUACGAGAAGUGAGAGGACAUCUGAAGAGGAGGAAGCCCGAGGAGUGUGGCUGCGGCAAACAGAGCUAUUACAAUAAAGAGAAAGGUGUAAAAAAGCAAGAGAAAUUAAAGAGCCAUCUUCAUCCAUUCAAGGAGGCUGCUCAGGAAGUGGACAGCAAGCUGCAGCUCUUCAAGGAGACCCGCAGGCGGAAGAAGGAGCGGAAGGAGAAGCGGCGGCAGCGCAAGGGGGAGGAGUGCAGCCUGCCCGGCCUCACCUGCUUCACGCACGACAACAACCACUGGCAGACGGCCCCGUUCUGGAACUUGGGAUCUUUCUGUGCUUGCACGAGUUCUAACAAUAACACCUACUGGUGUUUGCGUACAGUUAAUGAGACGCAUAAUUUUCUUUUCUGUGAGUUUGCUACUGGCUUUUUGGAGUAUUUUGAUAUGAAUACAGAUCCUUAUCAGCUCACAAAUACAGUGCACACGGUAGAACGGGGCAUUUUGAAUCAGCUACACGUACAACUGAUGGAGCUCAGAAGUUGUCAAGGGUAUAAGCAGUGCAACCCAAGACCUAAGAACCUUGAAGUUGGAAAUAAAGAUGGAGGAAGCUAUGACCCACACAGAGGACAGUUAUGGGACGGAUGGGAAGGUUAAUCUGCCCAGUCUCACUGCAGACAUCAACUGGCAAGGCCUGGAGGCCCUAUACAGUGUGAAUGAAAGUAUCUAUGAGUACAGACAAAACUAUAGACUUAGUCUGGUUGACUGGACUAAUUACUUGAAGGAUGUAGAUAGAGUAUUUGCACUGCUGAACAGUCACAAUGAGCAAAAUAAGACGAGUGAGACUCAGCCUGCUCAAAGUGAUGGGUUCGUGGUCAUCUCUGCUGAGCUCCCGGUGCCGGCAGAGAUGGCUUCUGCUGAGUCAGAUGAAGACCCACGUCGUGUGGUUGGGGAAGCGCCUCACUUGACCUUGCCGGCAGACCUUCGAACCCUGCAUUUGAACCGACCAACAUUAAGCCCAGAGAGUAAACUUGAAUGGAAUAAUGACAUUCCAGAAGUGAAUCGUUGGAAUUCUGAACACUGGAGAAAUAGUGAAACUGAGAAAUGGAUGGGGCACGAAGAGAGAAAUCAUGUUGACGCCGAUGUCAGUGGCAACGGCGUGACAGAGCUGGUGCUCCAGCCCGGCCCCAGGCCGCAGGCCAUUGGCAGGCGCCAGAAAGAACUUCCCCUGGACGGCGGAUUAGGAGAUGCUUUUGAAGAUCAGCUGUAUCUUCCUGUGCACCCUGACAGAACCUCUGUUCACCAGACGUUCAGCGUGUCCACGCUGGAACAGCCUGUUGAUCCCAGCGUGGCGGAGAGGGUGCUGACCCGAGUGGAGGGUCGAGAGGAGGGCUUGCAGCAUCCGGAAGGCAGUGCCUCCUCUCCGCUCUCCUCUGAUUAGAUCACAUUGUUCCCUUACCCUGAACACAGUAUUUCUUUUUAACUUUUUUUAUUUGUAAACUAAUAAAGGCAAUCGUAGCCACCAACAUUCCAAGCCACCCUGGGUACAUUUGUGCAGCAGAAGUUAGUGUGGAGGUCAGCAAGCAUCGUGCAUGCAGACACUCACUGUUAUGAUACAUUUGCCAAGAGUAGGAAGAAAGGCUGGGGAUUUGUUGGUUGCUUUUUGUUUUUACUAAAACAGUAUUAUCUUUUGAACAUUGUAGGGACAAGUAUAGAAAUGUUAUCCAGUCAAGAUGGAUAGAAUUGUGCCUUUCUAAGUUUCUAAAACUGACACACUCCAGUGACUCUUUCAGCCCACUUCCACUGCCUGCAUAAGGAAGUUUUGAUUCAUUUUUAACCACUGGAAUUUUUCAAUGCCAUCGGUUUUAGGUCAAUGAUUUUGCACUUUGAGAUUAGAAUGCCAGUCUAUUUGGUUAGUCUUAGUUUUUAUUUUUACAGGCUUAACAGUCUCACUGUUGCUGUCAGUGUGACGAAGUAAAAUAGACACCCCCCCACGACCCAAGGAUGACACACAGUAUGGAUCACAUAUUGUUUAACAUAUGCUUUUGCCAGAAAAUACUGCAUUGUGUUUUACCUCGACUUGCUAAAAUUGAUUAGCAGAAAGACAUGGCCAAUGAUGUUGGUGGUAAAAAUAAAUAAAUAAGCAAAACAAAGAUUGCCUGCUUUCUCUGUGCCUAGCCUCAAGGUGUUCAUCAGAUGUUUAGGAUUGCUAAAUUUUAGUUAUUUUCUUGACAGGAGAAAAAGGACUGAAGACCUUUGAGUUCCAUCUUUAUUUUGUUUUCUUGGCCUGGGUCAUAACCUUAAAUGUUGACAAAAUAUAUUUUGUUUUGAAUUUACACAAGGAAUUUUUUUCAACACAAUAAAAUCAUGAAUGUUCCAUAAUUUAAAUACACCAUAAAGGAGAUUAAUUUCUUAACAUUGUGUUAUAUGAUUAUUUUUAAGGCCUUCACCGAGUUCUGGGUUUUUUUUAAAGACAUAGUUCAAAAUUACUUUUGAAAAUGUAUUCUUGAAAAUAUCAUUGUUUUGUAUUAGAUUUUUAAAUACCAGCUAAAGGAUUACCUCACUGAGAGUCAUCAGUACCUAUUCAGCUUCCCAAGAAGGUUUCUUUGGUUUAGCUUAACAGUGGUUUUCUUUUUAUUUUUAGAUGAUUCAGUUGCUUAGAUAAAUUGUUUUCUUCAAGUGUUUAAGGUAAACUCUUUUAAAGAAAAUUUAAUGUUAUAGUUGAAUCUUUGGUAACUUUAAGUCUUUAUCAUAGACUCUGUACAUAUGUUAAAAUUAACUAGCUGCUUCUCAGAUAUGUGUGUCAUCGGUUGGAUGACAGAAUAAACAUAUUUAUGGUCAUGAAUGAUGUGCUUUGUAAAAAGAUUUCAAGUUAUUAGGAAGCAUAUCGUGUUUUUUUAAUCUUAUAUAAUAUUCUGUGAUACUUUUAUAGAACAACUCUGGCUUCAGGAAAGUCUAGAAACAAUAUUCUUGAAAUAAAGGGUGUUUAAACUUUA